GUCGCUGGGAAGCUGCAGCCGGGCGGCCAUGAGCUACGAGCACCGGCGGGACUGGGGCCGCGGCGGCGAUGGCGGCGCCCCCUCCGCCUCCUCCUCCGCGGGGGGACACGGGGGCCGCGGCGGCGGCCGGGGCCGCCAUCCCAGCCACCUCAAGGGCCGCGACAUCGGGAUGUGGUACGCGCGGAAGCAGGGCCAGAAGAGCAAAGAGGCGGACCGGCAGCAGAGAGCCGUUGUGCGGAUGGACGAGCGCAGGGAAGAGCAGAUCGUGCAGCUCUUGAGUACUGUCCAGACGAAAAACGACAAGGAGCAAGAAGCCAUGUCCUGGUGGUCCGGGGAUGAAGAUGGACCCACUCCAGAGCAGCCUGCAAAAGUGAAACCAGUUGCUGCUGAAAAAGCUCCUGUAAGUCAGAGGCCAGUCUUCAAAAAAACAUUUGUGGAUCGUGACGUGGAGUAUCUGUUUGAGAAGAACGAGCAGGAUGCUGAUUUGGACGAGCAGCUUCGAGAGGACCUACGGAAGAAGAAAUCUGAUCCUAGAUAUAUCGAGAUGCAGAGAUUCCGAGAGAAGCUGCCUUCGUAUGGGAUGAGACAGGAACUUGUGAACCUCAUCAACAACAACCGGGUGACUGUGAUCAGUGGGGAGACUGGCUGUGGGAAGACCACCCAGGUCACCCAGUUCAUCCUGGACGACUGCAUCGAGCGCGGGCAGGGCUCGACGUGCCGCAUCGUGUGCACGCAGCCGCGCCGCAUCAGCGCCAUCUCCGUGGCUGAGAGAGUGGCUGCUGAACGGGCAGAGGCAUGCGGUAACGGCAAGAGCACGGGCUACCAGAUCCGUCUGCAGAGUCGGUUACCGAGGAAACAAGGUUCAAUUUUAUACUGCACCACAGGAAUUGUCCUACAGUGGCUCCAGUCAGAUAAGCACUUGUCCAGCAUUAGUCACAUAAUCCUGGAUGAAAUUCAUGAAAGAAAUCUCCAGUCAGAUGUUUUAAUGAGCAUUAUUAAAGACCUUCUGGCUGUCCGUGGGGACCUGAAGGUGAUACUCAUGAGUGCCACUCUGAAUGCUGAGAAGUUUUCCGAGUACUUUGAUAACUGCCCGAUGAUCCACAUACCUGGCUUCACUUUCCCCGUGGUGGAAUACCUUCUCGAGGAUGUCAUUGAGAAGCUGAGGUACAGCCCAGAGAGCAGCGAGCGGCGGCCGCGCUGGAAGAAGGGCUUCAUGCAGGGCCAAGUCAGCAGGCCGGACAAGGAGGAGAAGGAGAAACUCUACAGGGAGCAGUGGCCAGACUACUUACAGCAGCUGCAGGGCAGGUAUUCUGCAAGCACUAUAGAUGCCUUGGAGAUGAUGGACGAUGAGAAGGUUGACCUGGACCUCAUAGCAGCACUGAUCAGACACAUCGUUUUGGAAGAAGAGGAUGGUGCAAUUCUGGUGUUUCUUCCAGGCUGGGACAACAUUAGCACUCUGCAUGAUCUCUUGAUGUCACAAGUCAUGUUCAAGUCAGACAGGUUUGUUAUCAUACCUUUGCAUUCACUGAUGCCUACUGUCAACCAGACUCAGGUGUUCAAGAAGACCCCUCCAGGAGUGAGGAAAAUCGUGAUUGCCACCAACAUUGCAGAGACCAGUAUCACGAUAGAUGACGUCGUGUUCGUUAUCGAUGGGGGGAAAAUAAAAGAAACUCACUUUGACACACAGAACAACAUCAGCACAAUGGCAGCAGAGUGGGUUAGCAAAGCCAAUGCCAAGCAGAGGAAAGGUCGAGCAGGAAGAGUCCAGCCAGGCCACUGUUACCAUCUGUACAACGGGCUGCGUGCCAGCCUUCUGGAUGAUUAUCAGCUGCCAGAGAUCUUGAGGACACCUCUGGAAGAACUCUGCUUACAGAUCAAGAUUCUGAAGCUUGGAGGAAUUGCCAGUUUCCUGAGCAAACUGAUGGAUCCACCAUCUCGUGACGCUGUCAUGCUGGCCAUAAACCAUCUGAUGGAGCUGAAUGCUUUGGACAGGCAGGAAGAACUGACUCCUCUGGGUGUCCACUUGGCACGGCUGCCAGUUGAGCCACAUAUUGGAAAAAUGAUCCUCUUUGGAGCUUUGUUCUGCUGCUUGGACCCCGUGCUGACCAUUGCAGCCAGCCUCAGCUUCAAAGACCCCUUUGUCAUUCCUCUGGGCAAAGAGAAAGUAGCAGAUGCAAGAAGAAAGGAGCUGUCCAAGAACACCAAAAGUGAUCACCUGACGGUGGUGAAUGCCUUCAUGGGCUGGGAAGAGACUCGGCGUCGUGGUUUCAGAACAGAGAAAGACUACUGCUGGGAAUAUUUCCUGUCUUCAAAUACACUUCAGAUGCUGCAUAACAUGAAAGGACAGUUUGCUGAGCAUCUCCUUGUAGCUGGAUUUGUGAAUAGCAGAGACCCCAAGGAUCCCAAAUCUAAUACCAACUCAGACAAUGAGAAGUUGCUGAAAGCAGUCAUCUGUGCUGGCCUGUACCCAAAGGUGGCCAAGAUCCGUCCCAGCUUCAGCAAAAAGAGGAAAAUGGUGAAAGUUUGCACCAAGACAGAUGGAACAGUUAACAUUCAUCCUAAAUCAGUGAAUGUGGAAGAAACAGAGUUCCAUUACAACUGGCUGGUGUACCAUUUGAAGAUGAGAACCAGCAGUAUUUACUUGUAUGACUGUACAGAGGUCUCUCCUUACUGCCUCUUGUUCUUUGGAGGAGACAUAUCCAUUCAGAAGGACAAGGACCAGGAGACCAUCGCUGUGGAUGAGUGGAUUGUCUUCCAGUCUCCAGCACGAAUAGCACACUUAGUCAAGAAAUUAAGACAAGAGCUUGAUGAUCUUCUACAAGAGAAAAUCGAAAGCCCCUGUCCUGUGGACUGGGCUGCUGUGGACUGCAGGGACACGGCCGUGCUGACAGCCAUCAUCGACCUGAUCACCACCCAGGAGAACCAGAGCGUCAGGAACUACGCUCCCCGCUUCCAGGGCGAGCGCUACAGCUGACACUGCCAGCUGCCCCGGGAACCCCACACACUCACCUCCUUGGGUUUGUAUUUAUAGCAGUUACUUAGCUAGAGGACACGCUGUUUUUUAGGGUAAGCUGUUAAUUCCUGCAUACUGAAGAGCGAUGACUUCAGAGUAGCUGGGACUGUGUGUUCGCAUGGGCACCUGUGCCCGGGGUAGUUGCUGUGUUGUGGCUGUUUCUUGUCCUGCUCUGGUGCUUCUUCUCUUUUUGUUUCCCAUCAGGUGAGAGAUAUUCCCAAAACUGCUAAAAUAUUGCAAAAGGAUGCUGAAACUGCUCUUGCUAGAGGUAGAAACAAAGAGUUUCUAUCCCCAAGGCUGGCUCAGAAGGGCAAUGUAACUGACUUUAAACAGCAAGUGGCAGUGUUUGUUUCAUGGGGACUGGGGGAGGAAACAUUUGUUGGAAAUAAUCUCCUCUUCUGCCUUUCAGCCCUGUCAGUGAAUCCUUCACUUUCUGUGCCUGGCUCCCCUGGCAGAGUCCAGGAACCAUGUUGGGAAGGGCUGUGGGAGGCUGGAAGCUCUCAGUAAAAGAGUUGUAUGGAAACUGUUAGUGCCUGUCUUCCUGGUUGUUAUUGUUCUGAAUGUGGUUGUGCUGUGGAAGGCCUGAGCCCUAGAAGAAGGUUGUACAGGAAGGGAAGUGGGGAGAGGUGUCUGUUGGUACUGGGGGGAGCAGGGCAGGGGUCAGCCCUGUGUUACACUGAACAGGCAGGGAAAAACACAGAAGGAACUUGGGUGUGUGAACAGUAGACAUCAGACAUCAUUUCCUUUAUUGCUUCUCUAAUCAUAGCGGUCUCUCAUUCCAGAGGAACUGUGUCCAACAAUAAGAAACAUGGAAAACCCUUAAAAAACCCUCUGGGCAUCUCUGCACAGAGUUAGUUCUGCACCAUCUGUACAAGGCAUUAGACAUCUCUAUACAGUUCCUGGCAGGAUGUAUUUCUACAUUCCAUUAAACAUCUGUGCUCAAUAACA